AUGCGCGAAGAGAAUAGGCCAAUCGGAAAACGAACUUUGCCUCCUCGGGCGGGAUGGAUCGGAGGCUGCCCUGGAAGCCAAUCAGACGCCAAAGCUAGAAAGGGGUGGACCCUGGCUCCGCACAGCUAGCGCUGCCGCCGCUGCUGCACCUAUCGCUGUCACAGCCGCUGCUGCCUCUGUCCAGCCGAAAUGACCGUGGAGAGGCCUGAGGGAGCCCCGGGAGGCGCGGAGGGGAGCCGUCAGGUAUUUUCCCCCAAAUCCUCCCCAGACACAGAGGCAGGAGAGGAGCUGUCUGGGGAUGGGCUGGUUUUGCCCAGGGCCAGCAAACUUGACGAGUUCCUCGGCCCAGAGGAGGAGAUAGAUUCUACUUCUGACUCAACUGGGAGCUUUUACCAGACCUUACAUGUACUGAAGCAGAGAGGCAGACCGUGUCUGUUGGAGUCUCUCUUUCAGUCUGACCCGGAGAGUGAUGAAAGCCUCUCUGAAGAUGAGGAGGACCUGGAGAGUUUCUUCCGAGACAAGGGCAGGGGGAAGGUACAGGUCCAGUGCCCCCAGGCUCUGAGGUGUGGCUCCACAAGGCGCUGCAGCUCCCUGAGCAACCUUCCCUCCAACAUUCCCAGGGCUCCGACCCAGCCACCCUCAGGCUCCCGGCCUUCCUCCCAGCACAGAAGUGUCAGCUCCUGGGCAUCAUCCAUUACUGUCCCUCGGCCAUUUCGCAUGACACUGCGCGAGGCCCGGAAGAAGGCCGAGUGGCUGGGCUCACCUGCCUCCUUUGAGCAGGAGAGGCAGCGGGCCCGGAGGCAGGGUGAGGAAGAGGCUGAGUGCCACAGGCAGUUCCGGGCACAGCCUGUGCCUGCACAUGUCUACCUGCCCCUCUACCAAGAGAUCAUGGAGCGCAGCGAGGCCCGAAGGCGGGCAGGGAUUCAGAAGAGGAAGGAACUGCUCCUCUCUUCUUUGAAGCCCUUCAGCUUCCUGGAGAAGGAGGAGCAACUAAAGGAAGCUGCUCGACAGAGAGACUUGGCUGCCACAGCUGAAGCCAAGAUCUCCAAGCAGAAGGCCACCAGAAGGAUCCCCAAGUCCAUUCUGGAGCCAGCCCUUGGGGAUAAACUCCAGGAAGCUGAGCUCUUCAGGAAAAUUCGCAUCCAGAUGAGAGCCCUGGACAUGCUCCAGAUGGCGUCUUCCCCUAUCGCCUCCUCUGGUAACCGGGCUAACCCCCAGCCCCGCACAGCCACCCGAACCCAGCAGGAAAAGCUUGGGUUUCUGCACACUCACUUUGGAUUCCAGCCUCGGGUGAAUCCCAUAGUCCCUGACUAUGAGGGCCUUUACAAGGCCUUCCAGAGAAAAGCAGCCAAAAGAAGAGAAACCCAAGAGGCCACUCGCAACAAGCCCUUCUUGCUGAGGACCUCCAACCUGCACCACCCUCAGCGGCCCUGCGAUGCUGCCACCACCGGAGGGAGGCCGGAUUCCCCACAGCCACCAGCUCCACCCCUGCCAAGGAGUCGUUCUCUGAGUGGCCUUGCUUCCCUCUCUGCCAACACUCUCCCUGUGCACAUCACAGAUGCCACCAGGAAGAGGGAAUCUGUAGUCAGAAGUGCACUUGAAAAAAAGAACAAAGCAGAUGAGAGUAUUCAGUGGCUGGAGAUCCACAAAAAGAAGUCUCAAGCAAUGUCCAAAUCUGUGACCUUGCGUGCAAAAGCCAUGGAUCCCCAUAAAAGCCUGGAGGAAGUGUUCAAAGCAAAGCUGAAAGAAAACCGGAACAAUGACCGUAAAAGAGCGAAAGAAUAUAAGAAAGAACUGGAAGAAAUGAAGAAGCGAAUACAAACAAGGCCGUAUCUCUUUGAACAAGUUGCCAAGGAUCUAGCCAAGAAAGAAGCAGAACAAUGGUAUCUAGACACCCUGAAGCAGGCUGGGCUGGAGGAAGACUUUGUGAGAAACAAGGGUCAAGGCACUGGGGCUGUUCAAGAGAAGGAGACCAAAGUCAAGGAUUUUCCCAGGUUCCAAAAAACUGCAAAAUUCACCAUCAGAGAUCCAGAGCAGGGUUUAGAAGGAUCUCUAGAACAGCCUGCAAGCCCCAGGAAAGUACUGGAGGAGCUGUCUCAUCAAUCACCAGAAAAUCUCCUAUCACUUGCUUAAUCACUACACUUAAAAUCUCUGCUUUUGAAAAAUAUUAAGCAGCUAACUUGGGUUUGAGUCAAGGCAGGAAAAACUUGGGUUUCGAGUCAUGGCUACUGCUAGAAGAUGGGGAAAUGAAGAGUAGCAGAUUAAUAGGCUGGGCGCAGUGGCUCACGCCUGUAAUCCCAGCACGUUGGGAGGCUGAGGCUGGCGGAUCAUCUGAGGUCAGGAGUUUGAGACCAGCCCAGCCAACAUGGCAAAACUCUGUCUCUACUAAAAAUACAGCUGGGCGUGAUGACACGUGCUUGUAAUCCUAGCUACUUGGGAGGCUGAGGCAAGAGAAUCACUUGAACCCAAGAGGGAGAGGUUGUAAUGAGCUGAGAUCAUGCCACUGCACUCCAGUCUGGGCAGCAGAGCAAGACUGUCUCAAAAAAAAAAAAGUAGCAGAUAACAGGGAAUGGUUGAAGGAAAUCAAAGUGGGGAGGCCCAGGUGGAGGGAUCGUAGCCUAGAGUUAAGG